AUGGGGCUUCUGUCCGUUCCGUUCAAGAAACCUUCAGAGGUGGACAUUGCUAAACCGCUGAAAACGCUCGUGCAGAGCAAUUACCGAAAUCUCGAGCCCCAACAACUCACCGUCAUUAACGAGGCGAUAUCGGAGUUGAACCAGCUUCGCAACACCGCCGUCUGGAAGGUGUUUGACAAGCAGGAAUCCAGCUUGGAGGUUAACUAUCGCUAUUACGAUCAGCUGUGCGCACUGGAAUCGAAAAUUCCGGCACAGGAGUUACAGGUACCGUUCAAAUGGAAGGACGCCUUCGACAAGGGGUCCAUCUUUGGGGGUCGCAUCAGUCUAACACUUACAUCGAUCGGUUACGAAAGGACGUGUGUGUUGUUCAACCUAGCAGCGCUACAGAGCAACGUGGCCUGCAGCCAAAGCACAGACAACGACGAUGGCUUAAAGCUGGCGGCGAAGAUGUUCCAGCAAAGUGCAUCUAUAUUUUCCUUCCUGAAAACGCUCGCCUCAGCCACGAUUCAGGGCGAACCGACACCUGAUCUGUCCCAGGACAGCCUGACCGCCCUGCUAAAUUUGAUGUUGGCACAGGCGCAGGAAAUGUUCAUCAUGAAAGCGAUCAACGAUAACAUGAAGGACCUGGUUAUUGCAAAGCUGUGCGCUCAAUGUGAGGAACUCUACUCCGAGACACUUCGGUCGAUGCAGCGUGAUGGCGUGCGAGCGUUGUGGGAUAAAGACUGGAUUCCACAGGUUGCCGGACGACAGGCGGCAAUGCACGCACUCACGAUGCUCUUCCACAGUAAGGUCUCGCAAGCGAACAAGGCGUUCGGGGAGGAAAUCAGCCGUCUGCAGAAAGCCGUUGAGCUGUUCAAAACUGCUCAGUCCCGUGCCUCGAACCCGACGCUGUUUCAGGAGUACGCCAGCCGGGCCCAGAAAAGCCUGGCAGCUGCGAUCAAGGAUAACGACUUUAUCUACAACGAAAUCAUCCCAGACGUGAACCAUCUGCCCGGUCCGGGAAAGGCCCAACUGGCAAAAGUGCUCCCGAUGGCGGCGCAUUUGAGCGAAAACUUUAGCGAUCUGUUUACCGCGCUCGUACCGGUGGCGGUCAACCAAGCGAUGGCCGCUUGCGAGGGUCGCAAAUCGGAGCUGGUCAACGGGGAAAUCAUGCGACUGCGGGAGGGUACGACAGCGCUAAACGGGCUGCUCUCGAGCCUGAACCUACCGGCCAUUGUUGAAGUGACGGCAUCCGGUGACAACUUGCCCCCGUCGUUGCAGGAAAAGGCAGCAGCGGUGCGCGAAAAAGGAGGUAUUGCGGAUCUGAAGGCGUUGAUUAAUCGACUGCCGGAGCUGUACACACGUAACAAAGAAAUUCUCGAUGAAGCGUUUCGGAUGCUCGACGAAGAACGUGACUCCGAUAAUCAGCUGCGGGCGCAGUUUAAAGACAGAUGGACGCGCACACCCUCGGACAAGCUGUCGGCAACGUUCCGUGCGAACGGCGAAAAGUAUCGCACCAUCAUCGACAACGCUACGAGCGCGGACAAGGUUAUACGGGACAAGUUUACUUCCCACCAGCGUGGUCUCGAGAUCCUGUCGAUGACGGCCGACCAGCUGAUGAAGGAAAUCCCCUCGGCGGGAGCUGGCGCAAGCGCUCAGGCAGCCAACUCGUCGUCGGCACAACACUUGCGCUCGUUGAUGGAAUCCGUCGAUACGUUGAAAGCCGAGCGUGAGUGCAUCGAAUCAGAACUAAAAUCAUUAACGAUCGAUCUGAAGGAGCGCUUCCUGGGAGCACUCUCAACUGAGGGCGUCAUUAACGAGCCAGCCAUCUCACUGGCUGAGAUUGGGAAGUUAAUUGGGCCGCUGCAGGAACAGGUCGGCGAAACGCUCGCCCGCCAGCAGGCCCUGUCGGUGGACAUCCGCGAGUCGCACGAGAAGUUUGUCUCCGAGUCCGGUGUCUCGACAGAUCAGCGCGAUCAGACGCUGUCGCAGCUGGCUGCCGCGUACGACGUGUUUACCGAGUUGCAGGGCUACCUGAAGGAGGGCGAAUCGUUCUACAACGGUCUGACGGAGAUUCUGCUCGUGUUCCAGAGCAAAAUCAGCGACUUUUGCUUUGCGCGGAAAACCGAAAAGGAGGAACUGAUGAAGGACCUGACUCACGAGUCGAGUCGCCAGGCACAGGUCGCGGUCACUCCAGUCAUUCCUACACAUCACACGUCUACCACGGCGUCAAGCAGCGAGCCUACCAGCAGUGCGGCCAGUGCGCCUGGCGCUAGUGCACCUACUGCUGCUUCAGCACCCGGCGGUGUGGCGGCUCCAUAUCCCCACCAAAUGCAAGGCAUCCCGAUGGCCGGUUACGGGGGCGGUGUAGCACCAAUGGCCGGUUUUACCGGGUACGUACCACCACCAAUGCCACAAGGUUUCAACCCAUACGGAACACUGCCUUAUCCGUCAACGUAUACCGGUUUCCCGGCAGCUUCAAUGGUACCGCCGGCAUACUACGGCACAUAUCCGGGAGCGUACGGUGCCCAGCAUCAACAGCAGCAACUACCCCCGGGAGCUCCAGGAGCACCAAAUCCUAAUCACCCCCCGAUGGGAUGGUAAAGUGUGGUGUUUGUCCACGGAAAAAUACACGCUUGUGCGCACAUACACACGCGUAAAGUACGCGGACACACAACUUUCAGACCAGGCGGAGUUGUACGGCAAGAUAUUUGAUGUGUAAUACACAACGAAGGCGAUACUUCGAGCUCCAGAGUUGCUUUACAUUUAUAUUUUCUAUCGAAUCAGUUAACCUCCUACACUCAAACGCGUACAUGCAAUGGUGAACAACCGGUUUAUAAACGAAUCUGUGACAGUCGGAUAAAAUUUCUUGUUUUUUACCUGUUUCCCGUAGCAUAAAUACUGACGCUAAAUAAAAGUAUAAUUAAACAUUGAUACGCGUAUCUGAAAUGGGGUAAACUUUGCACAACUUGCGAAGAGCACAACGAGGAGUUAUCAGUUAGCAUGCCAGCAUGCCGGAUGAUCGUGUGCAGGUUGUUCAAUUAAUAAUUUAAACUAAAUGUGUCCGCAUUUAGCGUCGGGUCGUUUAUUCAAUUAGAGCUAAUUUUGUGUCCAACAAAGUAAUAAGACAAAUGUGACCGGGUGCGGCCAAAGCCACAUAUUGACAAAUUGAGUUGAUAAAAUUGGGCAAAAAAAAUGGAAUGAAAUUUCAGGAUGUUUAAACAUACUAGCAUAGUGCUCGAUCAAUAUACGUAGA